AUGGCGGGCGUUGGGUGUAAACGGGCGUUGGGUGGUGGAUUACUAAGAGAAUACUGCCCAGGUCAGCUUAACCCCACUGACACUCUGUCAAGGCGCUCAGACUAUGCCAUAGUCAAUGAGGAAGAAGAUUCUGUUACUGGACCUCUUCCAAAAGUGCAGAGCAGUGCCACAGAGGCAACAAUGCACUCCGUAAAAGCAGGAGACAGAGUUCUUGAGUCCCAAGUUGAGGCUGGCACUAAAGAUCAUAAACUUCUCAUGUCAUGUCUUGCGGCAAUAUGA